AAAUAUUCAUUUUCUUUAAGGUUGAAAUAUUAACCUAAAGUGAAAAGAAAACAAUAAUUAUGGGUGUAAAUCACAACUAUUUCAGAACGUUAAGUGGAGCUUUAAAACCCUUUCAGCUGGCAUUUAACUUUGUAAUUAUUAUGAUACUCGUCUUGAGCAGAGUCCCAGGUUGGCAUAAUCACUUACCGCAACCUCUCUUACAACUUUCAAUCACAAAUGCAGUUUUUGGCAUAAUAAUCCUUAUAAUAAGAUUGGCUCAAAAUGAUCGAAAUGCGAACAAUUUGUUAGGAAAAGUAGAGUUUGGAAUUUUCGUUGUUUCAACGUAUUUAUAUAUUAGCUUUGCAAGUCUACUAAUUCCAGUGGGAUGGUUAGAAUUUAAUGUUGCUAUGGUUUUCGGGUAUUUAUUAUCUAUGUUAUAUGCUGCCGAUGCAUUUGAUAAGUUUGUCCAUUUUGUGGGACGUGAUAACGAGCCUACUUAUCAUCAAAGAUUUCCUCCUGCUCCGAGUCAAAUUAAUCCACCACAUGUUUAUCCUCAAGGAUUUACAGUUGCAAAUCCUAAACAUUAAAAAAUAAAACAAAAAUAACUUUUAUACAUUUAACACAUCUUAUUUCAAAUAAAAACAUUUUACCUC